AUGUCUGUCAUUCUGUGCACAGCCGGAUAUGAUCACACGAUCAGGUUCUGGGAGGCCCUUUCCGGAAUCUGCUCUCGCACCAUCCAACAUCCCGACUCUCAGGUCAACCGCCUCUGUAUCUCUCCCGACAAGCGCUUUCUGGCAGCCGCUGGCCACCAUACCGUGAAGCUCUACGACAUCAAGUCCACCAACCCGAACCCCCUGCUGACCUUCGAGGGCCACACCGGCAACAUCACCGGUGUCGCAUUCCACUGCGAGGGCAAAUGGAUGGUAACGUCCUCCGAGGACGGCACGGUCAAGAUUUGGGAGACCCGCUCCGGCACCAUCCAGCGCAGCUAUAACCAUGGCAGCCCCGUCAACGAUGUUGUUAUCCAUCCCAACCAGGGAGAAAUCAUAAGCUGCGAUCGCUCGGGCAGUGUGCGAAUCUGGGAUCUGGCCGAGAACAACUGCAGCCACCAGCUGAUUCCCGAGGAGGACGUCAGCGUCAGCAGCGUCACCGUCGCGAGCGACGGCAGCUUGCUCUGCGCUGCCAAUAAUGCAGGCAAUGUCUUUGUUUGGGCCCUCAUCCAGCGCUACGAACACACCGACCUGAUGCCUGUCACAUACUUCCCUGCACACAAGGAAUACAUCACCCGCAUCCUCCUCUCUCCCGACGUCAAGAAGCUUGCUACAUGCUCAGCCGAUCAUACUGCCAAGAUCUGGGAAGUCAUCGACGUCGACCCUGCCGACCAGAAACCCAAACCCUACCCCCUCGAAGCUACUCUGCAGGGCCAUCAGCGUUGGGUUUGGGAUUGUGCAUUCUCUGCCGACUCGGCCUACCUGGUUACCGCCUGUAGUGACCACUAUGCUCGUCUGUGGGAGUUGCACAGCCAACAGGUUAUCCGCCAGUAUAACGGUCACCACCGGGGAGCAGUCUGUGUUGCGCUCAACGACUACUCUGAGGCCCGAUAG